AUGGGUCAAAAUCAACAAAUACAGACACAAGCAGAAGAACUGGAGUUAAACAGUAUCCAGGACCUCUACAAAUCCUUCAUCGUGGAGUGCCCAAGUGGAUCUUUGUACCUGCACGAGUUCAAGAGAAUGUUUGGGGUACAGAACGGCACACCUGAAGCACACUACAUGGACAGCAUCUUCCGGGCUUUUGACAUGAAUCAUGACAACACUUUGGAUUUUAUAGAAUAUGUGGCUGCACUUCAUCUUGUUCUGCGAGGAAAACUUGAAGACAAGCUGCGGUGGUCUUUCAAGGUGUUUGACAGUGAUGACAACGGUCGUCUAGACAGACAUGAACUACAGAAGAUUGUAACGAUCAUCUACAAGAUAAAGAAAAACUCUUUGUCUGAUGAAACAGGAACAGGAAGCCUCACUAUUCAGCAAGUGUGUGAUCGUAUCUUUCAAGAAGUUGACGUGAACAGCGAUGGUCAGAUUACACUGGAUGAGUUUGUACAGGGGGCUCAGAGGAGUCAGUGGCUGCAGAACUUCCUUCGUCUCGAUGUCAAUCCCAGUGGAUGGGUCCAGAGGUACUUGUGUGACAGGAAACUCAUGAGUACCAAAGACUCCUGA